AUGAAGAACCUGAAGCCUCAUCCUCACGUGAUCAAGUUGAUAGGAUGUGCUACUGAGUCAGAUCCGUUACUGGUCCUUAUUGAGUAUGUACCGUACGGUGAUCUGUUAGGUUAUUUGAGGAAGAGUCGUGGGCUCAGUGACACGUAUUUUAAUAACCCGGAUAGAAAGCCGGAAACCAACCUAACUUCAAAGCAGUUGAUGAGGUUUGCAUGGCAGAUAGCUGACGGGAUGGCUUAUUUGUCGUCAAGAAAGAUAAUCCAUCGUGACUUGGCGGCCAGAAAUGUUCUUGUUGGUGAAGGAGAGAAAUGUAAGGUGACAGAUUUUGGGAUGGCGAGGAAUGUUCAGCAGGAUGAUAUUUACACCAAACAAAGUCGAGGCCGGUUGCCUGUUAAGUGGACUGCUUAUGAAGCUUUGUUAUAUGGAACAUACACGACGCAAAGUGACGUUUGGAGUUAUGGUGUCCUACUUUACGAGAUUCUCACCAUAGGUGGAUCUCCAUAUCCAGGAGUAAACGCUCGACAAAUCGCAACAAAACUUCAGGAAGGAUUCAGAAUGCCAAAGCCUAAACAUGUGGAUAACAAACUUUACCAGAUUAUGCUGUGGUGUUGGGAACAGAACCCUACUGAUCGACCAACGUUUGCCAAACUAAAAGAAACUAUGAAACAAAUGGAGAGAAACCACAAGACCUACGUCAAUCUCAAAGAAUAUGACAACAGUUUGUACGCAAACACAGAGGAUCUCAUAGCUGAAUAACUCUCGCACCGAUGAAAGAGGAGAGAUUUAAAAAAUGAAUUGAUCAAGAAGUUAAACGCUAAAAGAUUUUUAAACACAUCAUCUAAAAAAGCGAACAACGUUUCGGUGCUACGUUACGUCAUUAUCAAGUUAAAAAGCGAAAGGGUAUAAGGUGUAAUACGAAUAUAUGAAAAUAUGAAACAAUGCAUAAAAUGUUUGCUACACCAUCUGUUUGUUCAUACAAUUCGCCGUUGAAUUGAAAUGAAUAGCUGGUUCGAAGUAGCGUUCUCUAAUAGAUCCGUCAGUUGAUGCUUUUGGAGUUGCAUGCUAUGCGUCUUAUUAAACCAGUCACCCUCAAAAGCUUUGUCGACGAGAAUGUCAAUAGUUUCUUUUAAAGGAACAUUGGUGAAUAAUGCGGGCACAUCAUAGGAGACAAGGAUAUG